AUGCGGAGGGGCGAGCGCAGAGGCGCCGGGGGCCCGCGGCCGGGGUCCCCGGUGCCCGCGGGCAAGGCCUCGCUGGAGGAGCCGCCGGACGGGGCGGCCGCGGGCGGAGCGAGCGGGCGGGGCGCGGGCCGCCGCAGCACGGAGUCCGAGGUCUACGACGACGGCACCAACACCUUCUUCUGGCGGGCCCACACCCUCUCUGUGCUCUUCAUCCUCACCUGCGCGCUCGGCUACGUGACUCUGCUGGAGGAGACACCUCGGGACACGGCCUACAACACCAAGAGAGGUAUUGUGGCCAGUAUUUUGGUUUUCUUAUGUUUUGGAGUCACACAAGCUAAAGACGGGCCGUUUUCCAGACCUCAUCCAGCGUACUGGAGGUUCUGGCUGUGCGUCAGCGUGGUCUACGAGCUGUUCCUCAUCUUCAUACUCUUCCAGUGCCCACCACAGCAUCUGGCCCCACUAACCAGGGUGCUGGCCUUGCAGACUGUCCAGGACGGCCGCCAGUUUCUGAAGUACGUGGACCCUAGGCUGGGGGUCCCACUGCCCGAGAGGGACUACGGGGGAAACUGCCUCAUCUAUGACCCACACAACGAGAGCGACCCCUUCCACAACGUCUGGGACAAGCUGGAUGGCUUUGUGCCGGCACACUUCCUUGGCUGGUACCUGAAGACCCUGAUGAUCCGUGACUGGUGGAUGUGCACCAUCGUGAGCGUCAUGUUCGAGUUCCUCGAGUACAGCCUGGAGCACCAGCUGCCCAACUUCAGCGAGUGCUGGUGGGACCACUGGAUCAUGGACGUGCUGGUCUGCAACGGGCUGGGCAUCUACUGUGGCAUGAAGACACUCGAGUGGCUGUCUCUGAAGACGUACAAGUGGCAGGGCCUCUGGAACAUUCCGACCUACAAGGGCAAGAUGAAGAGGAUCGCCUUCCAGUUCACGCCCUACAGCUGGGUCCGCUUCGAGUGGAAGCCGGCCUCCAGCCUGCGCCGCUGGCUCGCCGUGUGCGGCAUCAUCCUGGUGUUUCUGUUGGCAGAACUGAACACGUUCUACCUGAAGUUCGUGCUGUGGCUGCCCCCGGAGCACUCCCUCGUCCUCCUGCGGCUGGUGUUCUUCGUGAACGUGGGCGGCGUGGCCAUGCGGGAGAUCUACGACUUCAUGGAUGACCCGAAGCCCCAUAAGAAGCUGGGCCAGCAGGCCUGGCUGGUGGCGGCCAUCACGGCCACGGAGCUGCUCAUCGUCGUCAAGUACGACCCGCACACGCUCACGCUGUCCCUGCCCUUCUACAUCUCGCAGUGCUGGACGCUCGGCUCCGUGCUCGUGCUCACCUGGACCGUCUGGCGCUUCUUCUUGCGGGACAUCACCCUGAGAUAUAAGGAGACGCGGCGGCAGCAGCAGCAGAGCAGGGGCGACCAGAGCACGGCCAUGAGCCAUGUGGAUGGACACCGGCCUGGGCCCGAAGACCCCCCGGGGCCCACGGAGCCGGAGAGCGAGGGGGUGCCGGCCCCAGACUGAUGCCGCUCCCGGCCACCGGCCACCGGGAGCCCCUCGGCCCAUGGGGUCAUACCCGCCUUUUUCCCGUGCGCACUGUGGGGCCCUGCGGGGUGGGGCAGAAGGUGGCCUGUCCCAGAUGUGCGCGUGUGUGGACACGGCGUGGAGGGGAGUGCGCACGUGGGCUGCGUGUUGCUGAGGCUGCUCUGGGGUGACGAGUGUGGCUGGGCUGGCCCUGGGCAGCGGUUUCCUCCCCCCCAGAUCACAGGCAUAGCUGUGCCUUUCUCUGCUCCCUGGGCCCUGGCCACUCUGAGGCCCUGGGAGCCCAUGCCGGCCACCCCAAGGCCCCAGCUGCAUCUCACCGGGAGUGUGGACACCCCGAGAUGGCUGAGCAGGAGUAGGUCUGAGUAGGCAGCCCUAAGCGAUCACCCAGGGAGGUUUCAAAUGACCCCACAAACAGGUGGGUACAGGGCCAGAGGUCAUGGGACUGGUCCCUCGAGGAACAGAGUCAGAGUCAAAGGCCCUGUGUCUGAGGUGGGAGGAGGGUGUGUGGGUCGUCUUCACGAGCAAACAGAACAAGCGCACCGGUGCCGGAGGACUGUGACCCUGUGUCAUCCUCACCGGCCCCCAGCCUCAGCCCGGUCCUGCUCCCAACAAAGGGCUUGCCCAGGGUGACGGGGGAGCGGGCGGGCGGGGCCCCUACUGCAUUUGUCUGUUCCGGUCAGAGGCCGUGCAGAGGGACGGCCAGGCUGGCGGGAGGGAGGCGGCCGUCCCAGGCACGUGUGCGUGCGCACUGCAGGACGACCCUGGUGGAAACACACUUAUGACCCAGGCCUGGUGGGGGCCCCACAGAAAAGACAACACUCCUCCUGCCAAAAAAAAAGUGCUUUAAUAAAGUGUCUAGAACUUUCUUGCA